UGAUCAGCUGUGUCCAAUCACAGCUGAUCACAUGUACACUGAUCAUCAGAGCACUGAUGAUCAGUGUGCCCUGAUGAUCUGUGUAGCCCCAGCAGUGCCACCUAUCAGUGUCCAUUAGUGCCAGCUCUCAGUGCUCAUCCAUGCCACCUGCCAGUGCUCAUCAGUGCCACAUCAGUGCCACAUUUCAGUGCCCAUCAGUGCCACAUCAAUGCCACAUAUCAGUGCCCAUCUGAGCUGCCUUUCAGUGUCACCCAUCAGUGCCAGUCAGUGCCCCUUAUCAAUGCCAGUCAGUGACACCUAUCAGUGCUGCCAAUCAGUGCCAGUCAGUGCCUCCUAUCAGUGCCAGUCAGUGCCGCCUAUCAGUGUGCAUCGGUGC